AUGAAGAGAACAAGGCAAAGACCACUCCCCUCAGGGAGGAUUUCUGCACAUCAUGCGAUUGUGUGGGCAUCCUCUGUCGGUAUAGCUGGCACUGCUUUAUUGGCAUACAAGGUGAACAAAUUACCACCUGUUCCAGCAAUCUUUGAAAUUAUAGAAAAAUUGAAGGAAAAUCAUGUUUACCAGGCUAAUAUUUGGGCAGCUGGGCUUGCAGCAUCAAAUCUUAUUCUUUAUGCAUUUGUCUAUACUCCAUUGAAGCAGAUUCACCCUGUAAACACAUGGGUUGGGACCAUAGUGGGUGCCAUUCCACCACUGCUCGGAUGGGUUGCAGCUUUGGGUGAGAUUUCUCUCAAUGCAAUGAUUCUUCUGCUGCUCUCUACUUCUGGCAGAUACCGCAUUUUAUGGCCCAUGCCAUUCCCGCAGAUCUCGAGCCCGACCCCUGUAGCACAUGCCUCUUAUGCACCAUUUCUAUUCCUACCAGCUCCAUCUUACGAAGCACCCCAUUGA